AUGGGUGCACGAAAGAACGGUCAAAGUCAGGAACCGUACCGUGUGGCGUUUCAAGACUCCUCAGAUGAUGAACAACACACGCAGGUGGCGGAGAUCGUGCCCGUGAUUGGGGGUGAUGGCCCCCUUACCCCAGUGGCUGCGUCAGGGACCGAGCAGCAACAGCAGCAGUCAUGGCUGAAUCGUGCGUUGGGUGGCGCGGGGACGUUUUUCACCUCCCUCCUCGUGGACUGGUCUGGCACUGGCACCAACGAGCCGUUCGAUAUGGCGCGGGUAACCCCAAGUCCCUCGUCCGGCAGCGGCCACUGGGGCUACGGAGGAGGCCGCGAUACGCCACAGCGGAUGGAGGUGGAGUCGGUAGACCCGUCGGAGGACAUCGCAGUAGAUCUGCGGGAGGUGAUCCUUCAGUACAGACGCACACCGGACGAAGUCUACCUGCGCAUAAUUCUCGCUGCGCUCUACUUUGGCGAAGUACAAAUCAACGGUGACGUGCUGCGUGCCGCUGCUGGUAGUCGCGAACUCAUUAUGAUGCUGCUUAAGUCGGACAAGGUGAACGUGGAUGACCUCGACGUGCAGCAAAUAAUCCAGGCGGAGAUCGACGCCGUCAUGGUGCCCGCCCUAGCGUGUGGCAGCAACAUUGCGCAGGACACGGUCAGCUACCUUGCUUUGCUGUGCCGCGUCCCCAGCGCGACACUCACAAAGGAGCAGGUACGGCUAUGCCACAAUGCCGGAUUCGACUUUAUUAAAGUGCUACACGAGAACCCCCACGUGCUGCGCAACAUAUCACCACCGCGCUGGAUUGUGGCGCGUUUCUUAGACAUCUGCUACAUCCUCGACAUGGUCAUGACAUGGUUUGGGCUCAUCGCCACAUUACUGGGCCUCAUGUGUGUUGCGUGGCUAAUAUACUUCUGGAUAUCUAACGACUACCCAAGAUGUGGGUACUGGACGAUUCUCUGCUACGUGAUUGGCUACGUUGUGAGCAUUGUUGUGGUAAUGGUGUCGGAACAAGGUAGAAUACGCGACUACGAGGAUCGCCUCUGGGAUUAUCCCGACAACACUUUGAAGGUCGUUCCAUGUAUUCCGGUCUUUGAGAUUGCUCUCAUGUACGUUACGCUGCGGUACGAGCUGCUUCGUGAAAAUGGGAGGUAUUUCGUUAUACGCUAUGACCUGUACAAUGGCUUGUCGAAUGUGCUGAUAAUCCAUACAUUCUUCUUCGCAACACCGCAGUUGCUCGUGCAGUACUAUAUAAGUCGCCUAUAUGAACCAUCCUCCUUGGACUUUAUUGGUUACAAACUUCUCGUUGGUGUAAAUUAUGCGCUGUAUGGAAUGUCAAUGUACAUCUUCCUGCGGAAGGUUCUAUUUAAUUACUCGUGCAAUAGCUACGGGUUCGCCGUGGUGGCCCUGAAGCAGGCACCGGUUAUGUCCGUCGAUAUCACUACCCGAAUUCUCAUCGUCAUGACCGUCUUCUACCUCGAGUGUAACGUCGUUGCCGUCAUAUUGUCUAUUUCUUUUAUCAAGUCAUGCGAGGUGCUGGAAAUCAUACUUAUCAGCGUUGCAGCAGUUGUGACUGUGUUGAAUAUUGUGGGAUUAGCGAUGACACUCAUUUUUGACAUUCCCAAGCUAAUUUGGGUUGUGGCUCUUAUCGCACUGUUUAUGCAGAUUGCUUAUAGCGCCUUUGUUGCCCAAAUGGGAUCGCAGGACAUUAGCGCGACGUGUACAUUGUUCGCCAUCAAUGCCCCUAUAGUGUCAUCCUUGACGUAUGUGACAUUCGGGUUCUUUUGCGUAUCUUUCAUUGCGUGGGUUGUCGUGCUGAUUUACUCGGAACUGACAGGGAGAAAGAAGGUCGUGCAGUGGGACAACUAUCACAACUGGUCGCGGGCUAGGUGA